AUGGCUUCCAAUGCAGCAGCGGGAUUGCUCGUCCUCUUGGUGGCGCUCAUCGCUUCGAUCGCCAAUGCUGAUGGUGGUCGCAAGCUAAUGAAGAGCCAGGUGGAGCAGUACUACGACACUCCAUCCCCGGUUUAUCCCUCGCCAUCCCCGGUUUAUCAAAGCCCCAGUCCGGUAUACAAGCCUCCUCCAUCCCCAGUUUAUUCGUCGCCUUCUCCAGUCUACAGCCCACCACCAUCUCCAGUUUAUUCUUCUCCUUCUCCAGUCUACAGCCCGCCACCAUCUCCAGUUUAUUCCUCACCAUCUCCAGUUUAUCAUAGUCCCCCUCCAGUUUAUUCCUCGCCAUCUCCAGUUUAUCACAGCCCCCCACCAUCUCCAGUUUAUUCAUCGCCAUCCCCGGUUUACAAGCCCUCGCCAUCUCCAUCCCCGGUUUACAAGCCAUCUCCAUCCCCAGUUUAUCACAGCCCUCCUCCGGUCUACUCCUCGCCAUCCCCGGUUUAUAAGCCGUCGCCUUCCCCAGUUUACCACAGUCCACCUCCAGUCUAUUCCUCUCCAUCACCCGUGUAUCACAGCCCACCUCCGGUUUACUCGUCUCCAUCGCCUGUGUAUCACAGCCCACCUCCGGUUUACACUUCUCCAUCUCCGGUUUAUCACAGCCCACCUCCAGUUUACUCUUCUCCAUCUCCUGUAUAUCACAGUCCCUCUCCAGUGUAUCAAUCACCAUCGCCAGUUUACAAGUCUCCACCAUCCCCAGUAUACUCCUCGCCAUCUCCAGUUUACAAGUCGCCACCAUCGCCAGUAUAUUCUUCUCCAUCCCCGGUUUACAGGUCGCCACCCUCGCCAGUAUAUUCUUCUCCAUCUCCCGUUUACAGGUCGCCACCCUCGCCUGUAUAUUCAUCUCCAUCCCCAGUUUACAGGUCGCCACCCUCGCCAGUAUAUUCAUCUCCAUCUCCAGUUUACAGGUCGCCACCUUCUCCGGUGUACUCGUCUCCGGCGCCAGUUUACAGAUCGCCACCAUCGCCGGUAUAUUCGUCCCCGUCUCCGGUCUAUUCGCCGCCACCAUCGCCAGUUUAUUCACCACCACCAUCGCCGGUAUACUCAUCGCCAUCGCCAGUCUACAAAUCGUCACCGCCUCCGGUGUACUCGUCACCGUCGCCAGUGUACAAGCCCCCGACGCCGCCGCCGGUUUAUUCGUCUCCACCGCCGGUUUAUUCUUCGCCACCUCCCUACUGAAGGAUGCUUAGAAUGUAAAGUUUCCAUUCUCUGAAAUUUCAAUGAGCAUUGCUUUCG